UUUAGUGACACAGCUGUACACAGACCACGGCCAAGAUGGAGUUUGCCUGCAGUCAUGUUGUAUGUAAUUGGAUGUCUGGUGGCACAGCAUCCACAGCUGAUUUUCUUAUGGAGCCCCAGUAUGACAACAUGGUAACUGUUAAACAACAAGAAGUUCCUCCACCGCUGCCUCCCCGUCGUCUCAGAAAACCCCGGCCUACUUCUCUGCCUCUCCCACCUCUUCCCCCCUUUCAGCCUCCAUUCGGGCCCCUCUCCCUCCCUCCUCCCGUCCCACCCAGACUUGACAAGCUGGAAGGUGAGAGCAGGCUGAGAGCCAACAUCAACGUCGUCUCCCUCGGUAUCGGAAAACUGGUUGACAUCAGCCAAGCUUCAGGCCUCGAGAGUUUUCAAAGCCCGGUGAUUUGUGGGAAAUGUAGUGCUGCCCUGUCAUGUCUUAGUACUAUGCAGACGAAUGUAUGGGUGUGUGAGUUCUGUGGAUGUGAAAACAGCGUGAACGACGGCGGGGCACGAGUGUGUAUCGGUCAGCGUGCAGGCGUACACAGUGAUGAGCUUUACCUGCCGAAUCAGAGCGAGGACGACUACCAGAACUUGGAGGACACGCUGGUGGUGUUCUGUGUGGAUAUUUCUGGCAGCAUGAGUGUCACUACGGAGGUAACAUCAAGCACUGGAUCUCAGACAUACAUUUCCAGACUGGAGGGAAUCCAGGAUGCCCUGCAGAGGGUGCUAACAUCUCUGCUGCAGCAGUCUCCCCGCAGGAGAGUGGCACUGGUCACAUUCAGCGAUGAUGUUGUAAUAUACGGCGAUGGUACUAGCACGCCUCUCACUCUCAGGGAUUUUGCGUUGGUUGACUCUGACCAUAUAUGGCAACAGGGUAUGUCUUAUAAGAUCCCACACUGUAUUGCUGAGACCUACCACCAACUAAUACAGAGGGUCAAAGAGCUCAGGGAACAUGGUGCUACGAGUCUUGGUCCUGCAGCGUUAGCCUCAGUUGCCAUGGCGUCAAGGUACUCCGGGUCAAAGGUGAUUUUGUGUACUGACGGCAGAGCCAACAUCGGACUGGGUGAAAUGGAGCAAACUCCCUCUCUGUCCCCUUCUUCCCAAACUCCAUAUUUCUACAGGGAACUGGCUCAAAAGGCUGUGGAGAGUGGAGUCAUAAUAUCAGUCAUGACUUUUGAAGGGACAGACUGUCGCUUGGCUGACGUUGGGAGACUCGCUGACACUACUGGAGGAAGGGUGAACAUGGUGAGCAUCGGUACCGUUGCAACAGAGAUCCAGUCAGCCUCCAUUGACAAUGUCCUUGCAACAGGAGUCAAGGCAACCCUGCUUGCUCUUGAUGGAGUGUAUUUCCCCUAUGAGGAUGAAAACAAUCACAAAGUGGUGAGAGAGAUAGGGAAUGUGACCAAGGAUCUGGAGAUCACCUUCCAGUUUGCUGUAAAACCACAGUAUAUGGAUGUUUUUCUGCAGAAGGUGACGCUUCCAUUUCAACUCCAGCUGAGCUUCAAGACCAGAGACCAAGAAAAAGUAACUCGUGUCAUUACUGAACAGCGACCAGUUACUACCAGCAGUCGGAUUUCCGCCGGUAGCCUCAACAUGGCGGUGCUUGGCGUUCACUGUGCUCAACUCUGUGCCAGUUUAACCAUGGAAGGUCGAGUGCGGGAAGCACAGAGGCAACUGAAAGCACAGCAAGACCUGCUUGACCAAAUCAGUAAGCAGAGGCCAAUCCAAAAGGAAGAGAGUGUCUAUGGCAACUGGAUGGACACCAUGACAACAAUCUGUGACGACAUCACCACAGAAUCCCAGACUCUCUCUGAUGAAGCAGCUAAGGUAAUGUACCAGAUGAAAAGAGCCAGCAGUGCCAGCAACAAAAGCAGCAACACAACUGAGAUCCCGAAGAAGCCUAUGAGGAAGAAAAAGAAGGCCCUCAUGGAAGCAAUGUAAAUGACUCAGUCAUUCACAAAGCUGCACACUUGAUUACAUAUUGGCCAUAUUGGCUUACAACAUUGUGUUACAGUAACUACAGGAAUUGUUUGUUUCACAGAUGACUGUGAAUGAUUAAUAUUGAAAUCUACAAAUUGCACUGAAAUUGACACAGCAUUGUUUACUCAAACCAGAAAAAGGGAAUGUGGUUAAAUGGUGAAUGCAUUCUCAAGCCUAUUUAUUCACAGCAGUAUAAAGAGAGAAGACUGUUUCUCGCGGAUAUCAUUUUUCACAUGAUUGUAAACCUUGUGGGUUUGAUUAAAAAGAUUUUUGGAGGAUUUUUUAUCUUUCAUCUGCUUGAUCCCAAAAGUAUUCAUACUACCGAUACGAAGUCUUGUUUUGAGUAUCAAUACUAGCGUCAAUAGGAUUAAUACCAAACACAUUAGAUGACAUCCUGGGCACAUGAACAUUCUUCUAAGUGCUGCAAUAUUUGCAUCUCUGCUGCUGUUGUGUGCAUGUGCACAGUGAUAACAACUAAAAAACACAAAUUAUUUGGUGGUACUUCAUUAAAAUAUAUGAUCAGAAGUAGAACAGUAGUAAAUUAUGACAUAUUUCACUCCUUUGUG